GACCUCCACCAUAUAAAGGAAGUGUAAUGACAAAAGAUGAACAAGACGAAUUUGUUAAUGAAGUUUUAACUCGUACUAAUGGAUGUUUAAGCAAUGAAUUUCGUUCUUUCGUUCGAAAAUGUGAUCGAGAACGUAUACUUAUUCUUAACAGUCACGAUAAAUUUCCACACAAGAAUCCAAGUAAAAAACAUAUCAUUUUCAUUGGUGACGCACUUCAUCCAAUGAAUCCAACAUCAGGUAAUGGUGCAAAUAUGGCCAUUAUGGAUGCUGUAGAAUUCAUUCAAUUAUUAAUUAAACAUCAUGAAAAACAAGAUAAUUAUCUAAUUACUCGCUCAAUUGAUGAGUUUGAUCGUGAUCAUGUACAACGUAGUACUGAUGCAAUUAAAAUCAGUCAUCGGAAUAUGGCUUCUGCAGUAGCAACAGGCCUGAAAUUUCAACUUAAUAAAAUAAUUAUGAGAAUAGUUGCUUUUGCUAUAAACAAUCCAUUUCUGUUUAAAAAUAAUAACAAUCCACCACCAAUUAUUCAAUGGUCAUUUAAUGGUAAUCUUAAUGAUACGUUCGGUGUUUACAAUGGAAUAUCAACGAACGGCACUAUCCAAUAUGUAUCACCUAGCUACCGUGGGGAUGGAAUGGCUGUCUGCUUUGCUAACAAAAGUUAUGCUCUCAUUCCUUAUUCACUUAAGCUUAUUGGUACAAGUUUUACUAUCUCGACAUGGAUUCAAUUAUUAUCAAAUGUUCCAUUAAACUCAUCGGAAUUUGGAAUAUUUACUCAUUGUGAGAGCAUGACUAAUAAUAAAUGUCUAUAUAUGACAGUACGAUCUGGGAAACUUCUCUUUUCUUUUUAUAUCAAUAAUUUUACAGGAAAUUCUUCUCUUACAAACAAUAUUUGGUAUCAUGUAGCAUAUGUUUACGAUCGAGUUGCACUUACACAGAGUGUCUAUCUGAACGGACGACUCGAUGGAAUAUUUUCAUCUGCAGGUAUUCUUCAAAGUAAUGCAAGUCAAAUGUGGAUAGGUGCAUCACCUUAUACUUAUAUGUAUCCUAAUCCAUUUGCUUAUAUGGAUGAGAUGAUUUUUGUAUCUCGUGUUAAAAAUACAAGUGAAAUUCUUGAUGAAGCAACACUUGUAGCUUACUAUAAAUUUGACAAUUCAUUUCUUGAUUCAGGUCCGAAUAACAUAACAAAUAGUACUGGAACAAAUGUGCAAUUUAAUGCCACUGGGCGACUACUUUCUGUCAACAACAAUUGGUGGUCACCUAUGCUCGGCUUCGACAAUAGUAGCCAUCUUAUGACGCAGACAUGGAGUGGUGCAAUAUUCUAUAACGUAGCUUUGACGUCGUUUAUUGUGCCAUUGAAUAUAUGGACUCAUGUUGUAGCAACUUUUUCGACUACAAAUGGUCUUCGUCUUUUUAUUAAUGGAACAAUGGCUAACUCAACCAGUUCAACUCAUAGUCAUGCAGGCAGUGGAACAUGGAACAUCAUAUCUGUUGGUACAUGUACUCCAGCAGCAUGGUGUACAAAUGCAGAAACUCGAAUCAUUCCGAAACAAUUUCGAGGCAAAAUUGAUGAAAUGAGAAUUUAUUCAAGAGAAUUAACGGAUGUUGAGAUCCAAGCUUUAGCUAAUAUAUAG